AGUCAUGGCUUCUAACGGAACCUUCCGGAUGGUGUCAGAGGAGGAGCAAGCACUGCGGUCCAAGCUUGAACAUCUGACUGUAAAGGAUCAUGGGCCUGUCUUUGGGCCAUGUAAGAAGCUGCCCGAUCACACACUGCAGAAGGCAAAGGACGAGUUGAAUGAGACUGAGGAGAGGAAGGUUUCUGCUGUGAAGGAUCUCAGGUGCCUGAUGAAAGAAAAGGCUGGGAAAGGGGACAUUUUAGCCAAGUGUGUUCAGGAGAAAUUCAGGGCUGGGCCAGAUUCCCUGCUUCUAAGGUUCAUCCGUGCACGAAAGUUUAACGUGGACAAGGCACAUGAGCUUAUGAAGGGUUAUGUUCGUUUCAGACGAGACUACCCCGAGUUGUUUGAAGAUUUCAGCCCUGAAGCAGUUCGUAGCACUAUUGAGGCUGGCUACCCACGUGUCCUCUCCACCCGGGACAAGUAUGGCCGUGUGGUUCUGCUCUUCAAUAUAGACGACUGGGAUAUGGAGGAGGUUACUUUUGAUGAAACGUUGCGUGCGUACUGCUUCAUCCUGGAGAAACUUUUGGAGAACGAGGAAACUCAGAUCAACGGCUUUGUCCUCAUGGAGAAUUUUAAGGGCUUCACCAUGCAGCAUGCCUCUGGCAUCAAACACACUGACCUCAAGAAGAUGGUGGACAUGCUGCAGGACUCCUUCCCCGCACGUUUCAAGGCUGUGCAUGUGAUCCACCAGCCCUGGUACUUCACAACCACCUACAAUGUGGUCAAACCAUUUAUGAAAAGCAAACUACUAGAAAGAGUUUUUGUCCAUGGUAAUGAGCUGGAUGCCUUCUUCAGGGAUUUUGAUGUUGAAAUCCUUCCUCCAGACUUCAGUGGGACAGGUCCAGACUGCGAUGGCAAAGAGACAGCGAUCAGGCUGCUCAGCUCUGAAGACACAUCUCUUUAAAAGGCAAAGUUUUUGACAAGGCUUUGCAAAUAGUACAGAAUAUAACUAGAAUGAUUUGUCUAAUUCAUAAUGAAAAAAUGGUAGGUUUGAGCGAGGAUGAACGUUUGGAAACCACAGAACAAACCAGAAUAUAGCAGUAGAAUGAGGUAUAUUGCAGUAGAACCCAAUACAAAGCUUUAUCAACCAUGACAGUUGUACUCUUUAUAAAUUUUACUUCUUCACAUAUGUACAGGCCAGCAAAUGGGAAAGCACAAUUGACUCAUUUACUGUCACUGUCAGCAGUAGAUGUAUACUCUGACCUUGAAUCUUCCAAUAAAGCAGACUGUUAGAACUUGUUUAGACUAUGUUGUAACGUUUUUUUGUUUUUUCUUAGACUAGUAAACUGAGGGCUGUUCAGGAUUAACAAAUUUCAUUCUAAUAGACCAGUUGUAUUCAUUGCCUAGUGUACUGAGUUUUAAAAAUAGUGG